AUGUCGAAAUCGCAAAACAUGGUGCAGGUGAUGGGUCAACAACAGGUCUGGAGUGGACAGUGGAAUCCACGAGUGGAUCCACUACGUGGAUUGGGUGGAGUGGCUUUCAACCCUGGUUGGACACAACCCUCAGCCGUCGCUACGAAAGCUUCUCUACCAGCAGCUUCUUUAUCAUUUGUUGCAUCAAUAAGUUUAUUGGGCUUAUCUUAUAUCGAGCAUGUCUACUCAUAUCGACCUUCGACUGUGCUUAACCUCUUCUUACUUUUCUCCGUCCUCUUUGAUGCUACGCGAACGCGUACGCUAUGGCUUCAAGGCUACAAUCGACCUGCAGCCAUCACUUCUCUUGUCGCAACGGUUGUCAAAAUUCUGUUGCUAGCGAUAGAGGCCAUCGAUAAGCGUGGAUUCUUACGUCCGCAGUAUCGUGGUCUCCCUUCAGAAGUCACGAGUGGCGUGUUUUCGCACUGGUUAUUCUCUUGGCAGAUUCCUCUGUUCCGGACUGGUUAUUCUCAGAACCUGCAGAUUGAGAGUUUGUUUCCUCUCGAAAAACAUUUCAAGUCUUCGUAUCUGCAGAACCAGCUGCAAGAUGCCUGGGGAAAAGCAUCCAAAAAGGGGGAUUACGCUCUGAUGUCCACUGUCUUCAAAUCACUCAAGAGACCUCUUCUUGUAAUUGUCUUCCCGCGGUUAUGUUUUAUUGGCUUCACAUUUUGCCAGCCCUUUCUCAUCUCAGCGACGUUAAGGUGGGCCGAGAGAGAUAGCAAUUCCGAUGACAUGAGCCAGGGCUAUGGCCUCAUAGGCGCUUGGUUCCUUGUCUUUGUGACAACCGGUCAAUACCAGCACAUGACUGUCCGCGCCACAACCAUGGCACGUGGCCAACUCAUUUCGAUGCUGUAUGACAAGGCUACAGAUAUUAGCAUCACCACUGCCAAUCCUACAGCAGCCCUGACUCUUAUGAGCGCCGACAUUGAGAGAAUUGACGCAGGAUGGCGAACAGCUCAUGAUGUUUGGGCGAACUUGAUCGAGAUUGUCAUUGCGGUCUACUUGUUAGGACGCCAACUUGGUCUGGCGUGUCUUAUUCCCGUUGGAGCAGCUAUUUUCUCCAUUGUCGGCUCUGUGAUCGCUGUCAGCUUUGUCAUGGCGCGUCAGGCUAUUUGGCUCGAGGCCAUCGAGAGGAGAAUCUCUGUUACGUCUCAGAUGCUGGGAAGUAUGAAGGGCGUCAAGAUGUGUGGUUUGUCCUCUGUCCUUGGUACUCGGAUCCAGGCUAUGCGCGAGGAGGAGCUACACAUCUCCGGCAAGUUUCGCAGACUGUUGAUCUGGAAUAUGGUGCUGGCUUAUCUCGCUCCUAUUUUCGCUCCCAUUUUGAGCUUCAUGACAUACAGUCUUCUAGCUCAAUCAGAGGGAGGAAAAGGAAACUUGGACACGAACCGCAUGUUCACAUCCUUAUCACUAUUCGCACUUUUACAAGAUCCUCUGGCGUCUUUUGUUACCGCACUAUCAUCUUUCAUGGGAUCCGUUGGAAGCUUUGUGCGCAUUCAGGCUUUUCUUAACUCAGAACCCCGCGCCGAUGAUAGGAUGAUUCAGGGCCGCGGAAACAUUUCUGGCUCCUUGGCCUCCAAAACAUCAACCAGUGAGCAUGAGAAUGGCUACGUCUCACCCUCCACAGAGCCCAAGGUGCUGCUGAAUGAACCACUCAAGGGCUCGCUAGACGGUAAUAGCUUUGCCAUGAAGGACGCUUCUUUCGGAUACGACAAGAACGAGAAGCCCGUCUUGAGCAACAUUGAUGCUGUGGUACCUUCGGGUAAGCUCACUCUUGUUGUGGGACCUGUCGGAAGUGGCAAGUCAACCUUUCUCAAAGCACUUCUCGGAGAAGUGGGCAUCAUUGAAGGUUCCGUUCAUGUUUCAAACCCCGAUGUUGCCUUCUGCGACCAAACCCCUUGGCACAUGAACGGUACAGUCCGUGACAGCAUCAUCGCCUUUUCCCACCCGGACGAGCGCUGGUACCAAAAAGUAUUGGAAGUUUGCGCUUUGAAGCAGGACCUCGCCCAGCUGCCCAAAGGAGAUCUCAGCACUAUAGGCAGUAAGGGUAUUGUUCUUAGUGGAGGCCAGAGCCAACGAGUCAGUCUGGCAAGAGCAGUGUAUGCUCAACGGCCUACGAUUAUUCUUGAUGAUGUCUUCAGUGGUCUGGACGCCCAUACCGAGGAGGCCGUGUUUCACAACCUUCUUGGCACUCAUGGUGUUAUUCGAGAUCUGAACACGACUGUCAUCAUCGCCUCCUCUCGCUCCAAUCGACUCCCCUACGCAGAUCACAUAAUUUGCCUGGAUGGCACUGGUACAAAUUGUAUCCAAGGUAGCUUCGAGAAGCUCAUAGUGUGGGACAAUUACGUGUCUCGCUCUUCGGCAUCUGCAGGAGACGGGACGCAGUUGAAAGCACCUGGUGCUGCUCCCACUCCGGCGUCUGCUCCUCACGAGUUGGUUGAUGCGCUGGCAACAUUGGAUGCCGCCUUGAUUGAUCCCGAAGAAGACAGCGCAAGCCGUCGUACCGGCGACGUGGCAAUCUACAUGUACUACAUCCGCGCCAUCGGCUGGAUCCCUACAAUGGUCUUCGUCCUAGCCAUCUGCGCCUACAUCUUCUGCCAGUCUUUCCCUACCAUCUGGCUCAACUGGUGGGCAGCUGCUAACACCAAAGAGCCCUUCACAAAGCUUGGCUAUUAUCUCGGUAUCUACGCCAUGCUUGGUGGCUUGUCCAUCUUUUUCUUGGUCUUGAGCACCUGGCAGAUGAUCGUCACAAUGGUACCACUAUCAGGCAACAAUUUCCACCAAAGCCUGCUCAACACAGUCCUCAACGCGCCCAUGUCCUUUUUCGCAGCCACUGACACUGGUGCUACCAUUAACCGCUUUAGUCAGGAUUUGCAGCUUAUUGACAUGGACUUGCCACUCUCUGCGCUCAACACUUUUGCCACCUUCGUGCUUUGUAUCGCUGGGAUGAUUCUCAUCGCUGUCGGUUCGUACUACACGGCUAUUGCGUUCCCCUUUCUGCUUGCGACGCUAUGGAUUGUUCAGCAUACUUAUCUGCGAACAUCACGUCAGCUGCGCUUCAUGGAUCUUGAGGCCAAGAGUCCACUUUAUGCCCUUUUCACUGAGUCUGUCACUGGUCUAGCGACACUACGUGCGUUUGGAUGGCGCGACGCUCUGGAGAAGAGGCACCAUGAGCUUCUAGAUCGGUCGCAGAGACCGUUCUACCUUCUCUACGCUGUUCAGAGAUGGCUUACCCUCGUUCUUGACAUGAUUGUCACUGUCAUAGCUGUGCUGGUUGUGGUUCUUGUCACUCAGCUGAGAGGCAUCUUGCCAGCUGGAUUGAUUGGUGUUGCGCUCGUCAAUAUCAUCCAGUUCAGCCAGCAUCUCAAGCUGCUGAUGACGUUCUGGACAACGCUUGAGACUCAUAUCGGCGCCAUCUCUAGGAUCAAGUCGUUCACGACAGACAUUGCCUCUGAGCAUGAGCCGCAGGAAAAAGAACAACCUCCAUCCAUAUGGCCAUCUAAAGGCACUAUCGUCUUUGAUCAAGUCUGGGCGGGAUAUAAAGAAUCCGAACAUGUCCUCAAGAACGUAUCGCUAUCGAUCGAAGCUGGACAAAAGAUUGGUAUUUGCGGACGCACUGGAAGUGGUAAGAGUUCCAUGGUUUCAUCCCUCUUCCGUAUGGUAGAUAUCCAUGAUGGUCGCAUACUGGUAGAUGGCCUUGACAUCAGCACUAUCCCCCGCGAGGAGAUCCGCACCAGACUCGUCGGUGUACCUCAAGACGCAUUCCUUAUCGAAGGAAGUAGCGUGAGGCUGAACACCGACCCUGCUGAGGGUCUCACAGACGCUGCUAUUGAAGAGGCUUUAAAGGCUGUUGAGCUCUGGGACAUUGUGACCAAGAAGGGUGGCCUCGAUGUGCCUAUUGAAGAACUCCAUCUGUCGCAUGGUCAGAAGCAGCUCUUUUGCAUCGCACGGGCUAUGAUACGACCUUCGCCUAUUGUAAUUCUUGACGAAGCUACAAGCAGUGUUGACGCACGUGUCGACGAGCUUGUUCAGUGUCUUGUCCGUGAGCGGUUCCAGGAUCGCACUGUCAUCUCGGUUGUUCAUAAACUUAAGUCUGCUCUCGAUGACUUUGACAUGGUUGCUGUUCUUGAUGCGGGCGAACUUCAAGAGUUUGGACCACCUCGAGAGCUGCUGGCAAAGGGACCCCAGGCUUCUGCUUUUGCUUCUAUGUACAAGAGUCUCACGGUAGAAAAGAAAGAGGAUAGUGGAUUAGAGGCAAUUUGA